AUGUCAGCGUCGCAGCUCGCCAUGACGGCAAUGGGCCGUCAGCCCCUGCGACAGAACAACGGCUGGUCUGCGGCCCUCCUCCCCGCCGCCGCGGUGCUGGCCGCUCGCGCUCUACUUGCGCCUGGACCGCUCGCUCCAGCACACUACCUCGCUGCCCACAGCCAUGACAGUGCCGACGACCACGGUAGUGCGCACGGACACGCCGCAGGCCUCGCUUCAGGCAUUGGUCUCAUUGGCACUGGUGCGACCGGCAUACCGGCGCGAGCGAACGGCCCGUCCGACGGCAUGUUUGGCUCAGCCACCCAUGCAGUCGGUGCAGCAGCAUUCAUUGCGCUUGCUCGGUGUAUCUGGGCACUGGCGGCUGGCAAGCGGCGAGGUGGCGGUGGACUGAAGGGCGCUCCCGGCGAGGUCCUUCUCAGCGCUGCACAGGCAGCAUUCUUUGGUAUCGCCAUCGGCCGAGUCGGCGCCUUACGCAUCGAGCUGUGUGACCAGUGGGGGCUGGGCCCCUGUCAUUUAGCCCAUGUGCUUGACAGGAGAGCGUCUAACGAUGGUUUCCUCAAAAAUAAACCCCAUUUGCGUCCUCUGCGAGAUUGGCAGCUGACAGGCAGUGCGACGAUCCUGACGGUGGUCUCGGCAUCGCUCACGUCCAACACUACACCUCCGACACUCAUCAGCGGUCUCGCCGCGCUUGCUGCUGUGUGUGGCCUGCAGGCGUUGCAAGAUGAGGUUGGUGCAGCUGCCUGCGUAGUUCUUGCCGCACUGAGUGCAGGCCUGGCGCAUCUCGGCCGCAAGGGUCGCGGAGGACGGAGGGACGACCAGAUGGCCCUUAUUGGCGUCACCGUCAUCUCCGUUCUCGGUCUGGUGCUUGCAGCUCCUGUAAGCAGCCUCUCUUCAUUCGCUUCGGCGAUUCUUGCCACGGGCUUGGCAGCCUACCUCCCGCUCUACACUUCUCCUGCACCUCCUCUUUCCCUUGUCGCCAUUGCCGGCGGACAGUUGUUCCGCCUCGCUCCCACCCCCAAGCCAAUGGACUGGCUCCUCCUUCCACUGUCCAUUGCCUCAGCGUGGCCGCGUGCCGCCCGUCCCUCGACGUCUAGCUGGUCGUUUUCAAAGUCUGCGGCAGCUGUCACAACUGGGAGCCACUGGCACGUCAUGGCUCUUCUUCCUCUUGCGUGGCGGCCCCACCUGUCGACAAUCCUCAGGACACCAGCCAGCAGGAAGAUCUUUUUGUUCCUUUGCGUCAACCUUGCGUAUAUGGGGGUGCAGAUGGCCUAUGGCGUUAUCACCAACUCACUCGGGCUGAUCUCUGAUGCUAUUCAUAUGCUCUUUGACUGUCUUGGUCUUGCUGUCGGCCUCUGGGCAUCAGUUGCCGCCACUUGGAAGCCCGACGGACAGUACACAUUCGGUUACGCGCGUGUGGAGACGCUAAGUGGCUUUGCAAAUGGCUGUUUCCUUAUUCUUAUCUCAAUCUUUAUCAUCUUUGAAGGAAUCCAGCGCAUCAUGGAACCGCCAGAGAUGGAGACCCAACAGCUACUCUUGGUGUCUUCUGUCGGACUGGCAAUCAACCUCUUUGGAAUGUACGCAACAGGAGGUCACCACCAUCACGGUCAUUCUCAUGGCCAUUCUCACGACCAUUCUCACGACCAUUCUCAUGACCAUUCUCAUGGCCAUUCUCAUGGCCAUUCUGAAGGGCAUUCGCACGAGUCGUCGGGACACGAAUCUACGCACUCUCAUAGCGGACACCUUCACUCUCACGCCGAACAUUGUUCCUCUUCGACCCAUGACCAUGGCCAUGGCCAUGGCCAUGACCAUUCGACGCACGACCAUGACCAUUCGUCUCACGACCACAGCCAUUCGACACACGACCACAGCCAUUCGUCGCACGACCACAGCCAUUCGUCUCACAACCACAGUCAUUCGACACACGACCACAGCCAUUCGCAUCACGGCAACGGACCGGCGAGAGUUCACGAGGAGCACGACCACGAUUCUUCCGAAUCUUCGGACAGUGAAGCAGACCACGGACACGGGGGACACCACCAUCACUCCCACAACAUGCAGGGCGUCUUCCUGCACGUCCUGGCGGACACGCUGGGCUCUGUCGGUGUCAUCUUGUCAACAAUGAUGAUCCGGUGGACAGGAUGGACGGGCUGGGACCCGCUCGCAUCCUUGUUUAUCGCUGCCCUCAUUCUUGCCAGUGUUCUUCCGCUGGUCAUAGACUCGGCGAAGGUCCUGGCCCUGGAACUGGACGACAAGCCGCUCCGUUCCGCUCUGACAAAGGUCAAUGCCCUGCCCGGCGUGGCUUCGUACUCGGCCCCGCGGUUCUGGCCCAAGGGCGAGGGUCUCGUUGUUGGCAGUAUUCAUAUCCAGCUCGCGUCUGGUCCCGGUGUCACCGUGGACAAUGUCGCAAAGAGCGUCGAACGGACGCUUAAAAAAGUCGUUCCGGGCCUCACCGAGGUUGUCGUCCAGAUCGAGGAGGGACGGUUCUGUACUUGCAUGACUGGGCAGUAG